AUGGAAACAUCCACAGCUCUCACGCAGUCCAUGUAUCAUAUCACGACGACAAAGCUCAAUGCACUUUCAAAGCAGCAGCAGAGCUAUGAAACAAUAAAGCAACGUAUCCUUGAUGCUGCUGCCAGUCAGUCCACUCAAGUCGGCAAAGUAGAGAUACUGCUAGAUGCCUUCGAGGUUCAUGAUAUUGACACACCAGCGAACAUCUCAAAGAUCAAUGUUCGCCAAUACCUAGAACAGUCUCGUCACGAUCCUUCCGUUCCCUCGACGCUGCUCAGAGAAUGGCAGACGGCAUUCGAGCAGGCUUUAGACGUCCCGUCUCGCAAAUACGAACAUGCCUCUUUGUUUGGGCGCCUGGUCAUGGAGUGGCUUGGCAGUGCGGGGGAAUCGCCACUCAGUGAUACACCAAGCAGCUCCCAAGAUCAUUUCGAGCAUGUGGGGCGCAAGGAAAUGUACGACCAACGCAAAGAAUGGGAGUCGAUUGUCUUCACUGAAGGUUCAACAUCCAGUCCCGCUGCAAUUGAGACGUAUCUUACCGGCAUCUUCGGCUCCACUUCGAAAGCUAAAAGAAUGGUGAAGGAGCCUUUGGAUAGUUUGAGAGAAGGCAUGAGGUCUUUCAGGCUUGGAAAUUUCGACACCUCUGCUCUUCAAACCUGUAUGACGGGAAUGCUGGAGACUGAUCUGCUCUCCGAGGAGAAGCGAAAAGCCCUAGCCGACUUCAGGAAUAAUUCUACCAUACUGCAAGAAAUGGCCGAUGUCUUGAAUAUGCAGGUAGACGCUCUGGAUUCUUGGUCGUGGGGUGAAGCAAUACCUGUCAACGUCCGAAGAGCUCUGAAUGGUAAAUACCGAGUAUUCAUGGACGAGGAAAUUCUCCAAGCAUUGCUCCUUCAUUUCAUUGGUAUGAAAUGGGCGACGCAUUUCAAAACUGUCUUUGAUACAUUCUUCCGUUCAGGUGCAUGGAAACAGUCUUCUGACAACGUACUGGAUGGACAAGCCAGACGGAACCGACAGAGAUUUUUGGGUCAGGAAGACGGAUGCGAACGAAGCGUCAGGAAUGCAAGACGUGAGAAGUACCAAAGUGAUUAUUUCUUGUCGCAAUUACCGAAAGCGUUCAAUGACACGACAGACAAUUACUGCAAAGGCAGUCCAAAUGACGACGUUAAGCCACCAAUGGCCAUCAAGCAGUCAUUGUUACACCUUAUCAGCACAGAGGUACUGUUAAAUGUUCGGCUGAAUCGGUCUGUCACCGUCUUCCAGUCCGACUUCAAGUGGUUUGGGCCUUCUUUACCUCACGCGACUACUAUUUCGGUCCUACAUUUCUUCGGCGUCCCCAAGAUUUGGCUGAAGUUCUUCGAGAAAUUCUUGAAAGCGCCUGUGAAGUUUGUGCAAGACGGUCCAGGAGCUCAAACACAGAUCCGGCAGUGCGGCGUCCCAAUACAGCAUCGACUCAGCGAUGCUAUGGGAGAAGCUGUGCUGUUCUCCUUAGACUUCGCUAUCAACAAGUCGACAGGAUCGAAUCUGUACAGAUUGCAUGAUGACAUCUGGUUCUGGGGUUCUUCGCAUGCUUCUGUUUUGGCAUGGGAGACCAGUCAAGAAUUUGCAAGUGUCAUGGGACUGACUCUGAAUGAGGAAAAGACUGGGGCGGCGAACAUCUCUGGCAAUUCAGAUUUGCCUCAAGAGACUUCACUCUCGAAUAGGCUCCCACAAGGCGAAGUUCGUUGGGGUUUUUUGAAAUUAGGAUCAUCCGGAAAAUGGACAAUCGAUGUCCAGCAAGUCGAGACACACACCCGCGAGCUCCAACAGCAAUUAAAAGCGUGCAAAAGCGUCCUCGCUUGGGUCCAAGCGUGGAAUGUUUACGUCGCACGCUUCAUCUCGAACAACUUUGGAGAAUCCGCGAACUGCCUCGGUCGUCCUCAUCUGGAUAUGGUGAUAGAAGCUUUCGAUAAGAUUCAGCGCGGCCUCUUUGCCGAUGUCAAUCUACCUGGCGACAAUGUGGGGGAGUAUCUAAGGAUAGAGCUGGCUUCAAGAUUUGGUGUAGAGGGCAUUUCGGAUGGGUUCUUCUACUUUCCCAUCGAGCUCGGAGGGCUCGGCGUGCGGAACCCACUUAUUCCUCUGUUUCUAGCCCGUAAAGAGAGCCUGAAGGAUCCAGGGGUCAAGCUCGAUGAAGCCUUUGAGCUUGAAGAAGCUGACUACAACAACGCGAAGCAGUCGUACGAGGACGGCACCUCAAUGUCGGGGGUUGUCCAUCCAACUGCAGAUAUCGAACCGUUUAUGUCCCUGCACGAAUAUACUAGAUAUCGCGAAGAGACGAGCAUACAUUUGCAUCAAGCGUACAUUGAUUUGCUUGCGCCUCCAGAAAGCGCGAUCGUGGAACCGACCCCAGACAUACAGAAUGCCGUUCAGAAAUUGGACCCUGUCCCGACCGGUCAGGGACGGAGUCUAUACGAGCACUGGGUGCUGCAGCUGUAUGGUGCCGAUAUCAUCAAGAAGUAUGGCGGCCUGGCGUUGGGUGAGAAGAAGUUGCUGCCCAUCGGCCUUGCGGUACUCAGUAAACCAAUCCUAAGCAAGAAGGCGAUCCUCACCGUAGCACAAAUCACCGACUUCAUCCAAUCAGCUACGCUCAACUCCCGUAAAAUCCCGAACUACACACCAGAUCCAGGCGUAGACACGGUGUACAAACGCCCAGGAUUCGUAAUAGGAAGCACAAACCGCAUCGACCACCAUGCUUCGACAUCAGAAGUGCUGCGCAAGAUCAACUUUUCGAUCAAAGCGAAAUGGAUGUAG